AUGCCAAGUAUUGACGGUGUGAAAGUAGCAGUACGAGUGCGGCCAUUUAGUCAGAGAGAGAAGAAUUCUGGGAGCAAAUGUGUGAUUUCCAUGCAUUCCAGGACCACCACCAUUAUACAAGACCCUAAGAAUCCAGGACAUACGAAGACGUUUACUUUUGACCUGGCAUAUUGGUCUCACAGUGGAUUUCAAAAGGAUAAAGAUGGUGUGUUUAUUUCAGCUGAUCCUGGCAGUAAAUUUGCAGGCCAGAAAGAGGUUUUUCAUGAUCUUGGCAGAGGAAUUCUGGACAGUGCUUGGCAAGGCUAUAAUACUACUCUCUUGGCCUAUGGGCAGACUGGUUCUGGAAAAAGCUAUUCCAUGAUUGGGUUUGGUGCAAACAAGGGUAUCAUUCCAAAUGUGUGCGAAGAGCUAUUUCAAGCAAUUGAGAACCGAGACAAAAAUCAAGAAUACCAGGUUACAUUCAGCAUGCUGGAAAUUUACAACGAACAGGUAAGAGAUUUGUUAUCCAGGAUCAAGAAACCCGGAGGGCUAAAAGUAAGGGAGGACCAACAGCUGGGCUUUUAUGUGGAUGGUCUGAAGUCAGUGCCUUGUGAGAACUAUGCCCAGAUUGAAAGACUGAUGGAACAAGGAGCAAAAAUAAGGACCACAGCUCCGACCAGCAUGAAUGCCAGCAGCAGCCGGUCUCACAUGGUCAUCACCAUUCAGUUCAAGCAGGUUUUCCUAGACAGAGACCUCACCAAACAGUCCAGUAUUAACUUGGUAGAUUUAGCUGGAAGUGAAAGACAGAAAUCUUCAGGAUCGGAAGGAGACAGACUGCGGGAAGGAUCACGAGUUAACUUAAGUUUAACCAAUUUAGGAAAUGUCAUCAGUGCUCUGGCUGAUGCAGCCAUGGGGAAGAAAGUCCUCCAUGUUCCCUACAGAGACUCUGUACUGACCAAACUGCUCCAGUCAGCUCUGGGUGGGAACAGCAGAACUGCUCUGAUAGCAGCAAUAAGUCCAGCUGACAUCUGCUAUGAGGAAACUUUAUCAACACUAAGAUAUGCUGAAAGGGCUAAGAAGAUCCGGAACAAAGCUGUUGUCAACACUUCCACCCUGAUGAGGGAGUCCAGGGCAGAGAAUGACAGACUGCUGCUCGGGUGUGGAAACAGCACAAUGGCAGAGCUGCCAGCCUGUUUACUUGGGCCUCCCACUGACCAGAUGAGCUGGGCGAAGCAGCUGGAGCAGGCCCGGUGGGAAUGGCAGCAGCACUAUGUGGCCAUCGCCCAGGAGCAGCAGAUGAUGAAAACCUUCCCCCAUCUUCUCAACGUCAAUGAAGACCCGCAGCUCACGGGGGUUCUCAAGCACUUCAUUCAGGCUGGUUCGUGUGAUGCUGGUCAGGCAGCUUCAAAUGCCAUUACUCUUCAAGGUUUGGGAAUUUCAGAUAAACAUGCUUCCUUCACGAAUUCAGGUGGUAAAGUGACGGUGACUCCAUAUGGCAAAUGCAAGGUCAUCGUUAAUGGGGUGCCCAUCACGACCAAGACGAAGCUGCAACAUUUGGACCGGAUUAUUUUGGGAUCCAACAGCGCCUACCUCUACAUCGGGUUUCCUUCUGAGCGAGGCAGUGAGGACUUGAGCAGAUUUGAUUAUGACUUUUUCCAGCUGGAGAGAGCCGCUGCUGAGGGAGUGAGCGCUGACAAGCUCGGUGCUAUGAACAGUGGGGAUGGGAAGGCAGACCCCAGUGUCCUGGCUGUGUUCCAGGACUACGUCAAACUGAUGCCACUGGUUGCAGAAGCAAAUCAAAUGAGCGAAGAGCUAAAGAAGGGACUUAAUAUGGAGCUGAAAGUGAAAAAUUUAGCUUCAUCAGAUUCCAGGGGCUGUGACCUACAAAAAGAGGUCACGGUGAAGGUGACCCAUCAAAGGACUCAUCAGGUGUGGGUUUGGUCAAAAGCCAAAUUUAUCAAUAGGAAAUUCCUAAUGGAGGAACUUUACCAGCGUUUUCUUGAUGGAGAAGACAGCCAGGUAGCCCAGGAAGAUGACCCUUUCUGGGAUCCUGUCGAAGUUGUUCACCUGGGCUCCGCUCACAUCUGGCUCCAGUCCCUUGCCUACUGCAUGAAGUUCGAGGAACAAGUGGAAUUUCUGAACUGUGAUGGGCUGGAAGAGGCAGUAUUGCAUAUCCACAUAAACCCCUGCUCCCCGACAGGACAAGCACGUGGUGAGGAAGAUGUGGUUACUGACCCAGUGGACCUGCUAGGCAAGAGGAUGGAUUUCCAGAUUCGCCUUGUGCAGUGCCUUGGCACCAAGUGGCUGAAGGAAGAUGCGGAGAGGGGUGUUCAGAUGGGGUACAGAAUUUAUGAUCUUCCAAGCACUUUAUAUACCAAGCCUGUAUGGAAAAUUGUGAAUCCCCAAAUUGAUGAGACUGUCCAAUUUACAACCUUAAAUGCAUCUCAGGAGUUUCUGAAUUAUUUACAGACAAACGCUCUCAUUGUUGAUUUAUGGGGUCUUCAAGAAGGCUGUGUUGAACUCAGCUGCUCUCGGCUGAACCUCAUGGUCACAGGUGAAGGCCACAUCCUGGUGGACACGAAGAAAACUUGCCCUCUGAUGGACACAGGUCAGAGUACAUCAAACCAGAUACCAGAGCUUUAUCUGAAGCUGCUCAAGUUAGAACAGGAGACAGAACUGCUCAGAAACAUAAACAGAGUCCUCAGAGAGGAAAAUGUUCUUCUUAAAGAAUCUGUUGAGAGAACCAGUUCUAGUCAACAAGCACAUCAGCCUUCCAGUACCCGAAAGAUCACUUGGAUGACAGCACAAGAGCCAGCAGCCAGAGAGAAUAAUCAAAUGUGCACCACUCAGCAAGCCAGCUACGACAGAGAAUUUGCCAGAGCUCUUAAGGUGUUCUACCAAAGCAUGAAUGUGGCCAGAGGGCAGUUUCUCAAACUGAGACAUUAUAAACCUCCUGAAGAUGAUCAAAUGCUUCGGCCAUUUGUACACCAACAGUCACAAAUGCUAAAGGACUUUGGGGACCUACUUGAAUCCAGCUUGUGGAAACUGAAAAAUGAUGUUGCUCUUAUAGUGAAACAGAAGAAAGAAUGUUUAUUGCAUAUGGAAUAG